CUGGGGCUCCUCUGUCCGCCACAGAAGAGACAGAGACACCGAGGACCCCACCAGCAGUGCAGACGCGGGGCGGGGCGGGGCGGGUGGUGGAGCUGCCCAGACCACAGUCUUGCAACUGUGUGGCCAGGGCAGCCAGCAGCGUUUCUCAGGCUUUCUGUUACCCAUUCAGGUGCCAUGGAAACCUAUACUUGGAUGUUUUUUCAUUCUUUUUCUCUUUCCAUCACACACAUCAAUGCAAACACAAUUACGCAUGCACGCACGCACGCACGCACACGUACACUCCUUGCCACCAAAGGGCUCCUCUGGAACAAGCUUUCUCUGGUUCAGCUCCCUGCGAGGGAGAGAGCGGUGCAGAGGGACCAAGAAGCUACUCUUACUCCCCUUUAAGGCUGCCUGGUUACAGUCCUGGGGAAGAAAACCCCUGCACGCCUCCCCUUUAACUGGGUUCAUUGUUACCGCACUGGAGCAGCUAACCCUCCUGACAGACCUGUAGGAGCAGGAGACAGCGCGAGCUCGCUUCCUGGGUUCCCGAUUCCUCCGAAUCCCUGGCGACCCCAGCAGCUUCGACUCUGGCGGCAAUGGGUCGGAAGGCAGAGGACGACUGCAGCUCCUGGAGGAAGCAGACAGCCAACAUUCGCAAGACCUUCAUCUUCAUGGAGGCGCUGGGGUCGGGAGCUUUCUCAGAAGUGUUCCUGGUGAAGCAGAGGGUGACCGGGAAGCUCUAUGCCCUGAAGUGCAUCAAGAAGUCACCCGCCUUCCGGGACAGCAGCCUGGAGAACGAGAUUGCAGUGCUGAGGAAUGUUUCCGGCGGGGAGCUCUUCGACCGGAUCCUGGAGCGAGGUGUCUACACAGAGAAGGACGCCAGCCUGGUGAUCCGGCAGGUCCUGUCGGCAGUGAAGUACCUGCACGAGAACGGCAUUGUCCACAGAGACCUAAAGCCAGAGAACCUGCUGUACCUCACCCCUGAGGAGAACUCGAAGAUCAUGAUCACAGACUUCGGUCUGUCCAAGAUGGAGCAGAGCGGGGUCAUGUCCACGGCCUGCGGGACCCCAGGCUACGUGGCUCCGGAAGUGCUGGCCCAGAAACCCUACAGCAAGGCUGUGGACUGCUGGUCCAUCGGCGUCAUCACCUACAUCCUUCUGUGUGGGUACCCGCCUUUCUACGAAGAGACUGAGUCUAAGCUUUUUGAGAAGAUCAAAGAAGGCUACUAUGAGUUCGAGUCUCCAUUCUGGGAUGACAUUUCUGAGUCAGCCAAGGAUUUUAUCUGCCACUUGCUGGAGAAGGACCCGAGCGAGCGGUACACCUGUGAGAAGGCCCUGAGGCAUCCCUGGAUUGACGGCAACACGGCCCUGCACCGGGACAUCUACCCCUCGGUCAGCCUUCAGAUCCAGAAGAACUUCGCCAAGAGCAAGUGGCGGCAAGCCUUCAACGCGGCAGCCGUGGUGCACCACAUGCGGAAGCUUCACAGGCGGCAGCCUGGUGCCCAUGCAGCAGGGGCCACUGGCCGGGCCCUGCGGCUGCUGCUCCAGCUGCCUGAGCAUCGGCAGCAAAGCGAAGUCCUCCUACUGCUCCGAGCCCACACUGCUCAGAAAAGCCAACAGGAAACAGUAAGCGAGCAGCAGGCACACCUCCCAGCCCUGCUCAGCAGUCGGGAAACUCAGGGAACAAGACUCAAAAGCUUGGCCAAAGGGCCUCUCAGGCGGCGUGAAGGGUGGGAAGAGGCUGGACUGGGGCCCAGGAUGAGUGUCCAGCCCUGUCCACCACCAGCUGUGUGGCCACUGCCAGGCACGCGGGUGGAUGAUCCAGUCCACGUGUCUGUGAAAAGGGUGGAUGGGCAGAUGUACCGCCUCAGUCCCCAAGUGUGGGGCACCCUGGGUUCCCCGAGUUUCCGGAGCCUCCAGGUUGGGGUGGGAACUUCAAGUCCGAGGUCCUGGUGCCAGUUAAAGCCAGCGGCAGCUCCCACUGCCGGGCAGGGCAGACCGGGGUCUGUCUCAUCAUGUGAUCCUGGAGCCAGCGUCCGUGUGACUGUGGUUUUCAGGAGACUUCAGCUCUUCUCUGCCCUCCAGCCCUGGCCUCUACCUGCAGAGGGAGGAGGCCGAGCCAGCGAGCAGGGCCCGGUGGGAGCAGUUCCGGAAGCAGCAGCCACCUGGAGGCUCCUGGGAGCUGAAGAGGCUGAGGGCCAAGAGCAGCAUCUUCUGACCAGCUGCCCCACACCCUGCGCCCACGCCCUGCACAGUGUAGGUAGAUGGUGCUCGCCUGGGCCUGUUUCUCGUGAAAAGCUUCGUAGCUGGCCAGGCUGUGCCGCCAUCUCCAAGCAAAGCCAUACAGAGAUUCCGCUCUGCAUCCGGCUCUGCUCACGCUCGCUCCGGCCAGACCAGGCUCACAACUGCAGCUUCUGCCCCUGCAUGAGUGCCAGGCAGCUCCCUGGGUCGGGCUGGGCGUGCAGCUCCCACCCUAACCUCCAGCCCUCACUCCCACGGCACCUCGGGCCCCUCCCUGCACCUCCACCUAAAAGCAGUGCCGCGCUCCAAAGGUGGGGUGGAAAGGAGUCCAGGAUGGGCCCCAGGACUUCUCCACCGGCCCCAGGUGUGCCCGAAGCUGACCGCUUUCCUCUCAGCCAGGAGCCCCCACCCUGCCUCUGCUCUCUUCUCUCCUUGAAAGGCGGCGGAGUGGUCCUGCUCCCACCCCAGCCCUCCAGCUCCACGCUCUGUGUUGUGCUUAAUAAAGUGAACAUAUUUUCUCUAUGAGGCUUUCGUUGCUUC